CUCCAUUGACAAGAUUGAAGUGACAGAAGCAGACAACAAUUACAAGAACAAUAUGUUCAUCUGAUAAUGAGCUCGCAAGCUGUGUUGAAAAGUCUCAAUGAUUCAGUUGUUUAUUGGUAAACCAGUGCUUAUUUCUUAAAUAAUUUAUCAGGAAAGCUAAAGAUGUCUUGGCCACUAUUCGGAAUUGAAAGAUGGAAAGGCAUUUUGGUUGUUUUUGGUGGAAUACUGAUUCAUUUAUCCCUAGGAACUCUCUACACUUUUGGGAAUUUAAAUCCAUAUUUGACGUCAUACAUGAGAGCCAAAGGUACCUCAGCCUCCCUCACAUACACAGAAUGCUCUUGGAUAUUUGCCCUAGCUUGUAUGGGUCAAGGUGCUUCCAUGGCAUUGGGAGGUCUCAUUGAGAAGAGGAUUGGGCCUAAACUAACUGCACUUCUUGGAGGCUGGUGUAUGAGCCUUGGUGUUUUCCUUACAUACUUUGCUGUCAAACAGUCAUUUGCUUUGACUAUCUUCACCUAUGGUGCAGUCUUUGGUUUUGGUAUUGGUAUUGUGUAUGCCAUUCCAUUGGCAUGUUCAAUGAGAUGGUUUCCAGAGAAAAAAGGUUUGGUCAACGGUCUUGUAGUUGCUGGGUUUGGGGGUGGAGCUUUCAUCUUUAACCAGAUACAGACAGCUUUCAUCAACCCAGAAAACAAAAAACCUGAACUAGAGGUCAAUGGGGAAAAGUAUUUUGAUCAACCUGAUGUCCUUGACCAAGUUCCAUACAUCUUUCUCAUACUAGGAGGAUGCUAUGCUGGCAUGCAGCUUAUAGGAAGUUUGCUGUUAUGUAACCCUCCCCCUGUUGAGGUGACACUAUAUUUCGAAACAGUUAAUGACAUGGAAAAUGACAGGGAUUCUGACCACGAUAAAACUACCCUGGUACCUGAUAAGGUUACAGAAGAUCAAAAGCUUCUGACCAAGGUGGAAAAAACAGUCAACAAAGGGAGGGAAGAAGAUGAUAAUUUGGAUGUCCCACCUCUUCAGAUGCUGAGGGAUAAGAAUUUUUAUCUCAUUUGGUUUAUGUUCCUCUUGAAUGGACAAGGCAGUGUUUUUAUAUCAACACUGUACAAGGCCUAUGGUCAGACAUUCAUUUCUGAUGACUCAUUCCUAGCCUUGGUUGGGGCAUUUGCUGCACUCUUCAAUGCUGGAGGGAGAAUUAUAUGGGGCAUACUGGCAGACAAAUUUUCAGUCAGGGUUGCGCUGAUGAUUACUUGUGCCUCUUUUGCAACUUUCAUGCUGACCUUGCAAUUGUCAGAAUAUGGAGGGAAGCCAGUGUUUUUUCUCUUUGUGUGCCUUCUCUUUGGGUCAUUCUCUGGCAGCUUUGCCCUGUUUCCAACAGCCACGGCCAAAUGUUUUGGUAGGAAAUAUCUGAGCAUAAACUACGGACUUGUUUUCACCUCUCAGAUGGUGACAGCACCAUUAGGAACUUUUCUGUCUCAGAGUUUAAAGACAGCCAUUGGAUGGAGUGGAUUAUUCUUUAUGGUAGCUGGUUUUUCAUUUGCCAGUUUGAUAAGAGAUUGGUGCUUGCUUUAUUCAUUAUGUGAUGAACUAAGAAUUGAAGAAUAUCUUGAUGCACAAUCAGGCACACAUGCAUCAUAA